UUGCGUAAGAACUCCCCAAGAUUCGACAUUUUUUUUAGUCAAUCAAUCAGCUUCCCCUUUCUCCAAAUCUCUCUCUCUCUCGCUCUCUGUAUCGUCUUUCUUUUGGGCGUUACUCUGCAAACAUACUUUCAUCUCCCAUGGCAAACAGCAAUCUACCUCGUAGAAUCAUCAAGGAAACCCAGCGUCUCCUUAGCGAACCAGCACCUGGUAUUAGUGCGUCCCCAUCAGAAGAGAAUAUGCGUUACUUUAAUGUUAUGAUUCUUGGACCUUCUCAGUCUCCAUAUGAAGGAGGGGUUUUCAAGUUGGAAUUGUUUCUGCCUGAAGAGUACCCAAUGGCAGCUCCCAAGGUUCGGUUUCUCACCAAAAUAUACCAUCCCAACAUUGACAAGCUUGGAAGAAUUUGUCUGGAUAUUCUCAAGGACAAAUGGAGCCCUGCUCUUCAGAUUAGGACUGUUCUCUUAAGCAUUCAAGCACUUUUGAGUGCACCGAACCCAGAUGACCCACUUUCAGAGAAUAUUGCCAAGCAUUGGAAGACCAAUGAAGUUGAAGCUGUCGAGACAGCAAAAGAAUGGACACGCUUGUACGCAACCGGUGCUUAGUAUGUAAGACAUGAAUUGAAAACCAUGCAAGCUCUAUCAUCUAUGUAUCUGUAAUUGACAGACAGUAGGAUCUUGCAAGAACAAUAUCCUCAGCUUGUUUGAACAUUUAUUUCAUUUGCUCAUAAUUAUGUUCUUGCUUCUAAAACCUAGCUUGGAAAUUGUACUAUAUUUUUCUUCUUUUGGGUGCAUACCAGUUUACUC